GGCCACCACUUCUUCCUUUCUCCAAUUCGUUCAUUCACAUAACUCUUCUUCUCCAUGGCCAUGGUUCCCCUCCACAUAUUACUCGGCCUUCUCCUCCUCUUGCACACCACUCCUCCAUGCUCCUCUGCAACUGAUACUCUCGUGGCGGGUCAGGUGCUCACCAUAGGGGACAAGCUCGUCUCAGCAAACGGCAGGUUCGCACUCGGCUUCUUCAACUGGUUCCAGUUCCAGCCACCGAGCGACAACUGGUACCUUGGCAUAUGGUUCAACAACAUACCAGUUUUUACUACAGUGUGGGUCGCCAAUAGGGAUGACCCAGUCAUCGACCCCAAACCCAACCUAACACAGCUCAAAAUCUCAAGCGAUGGCAAUCUUGCCAUCGCACACCAUGCCGCUGUAAUCUGGGUCACUCGUAUUGUAAACAAAAAUAGCACACAAACCAGCAGCAUAGACACCACCCGUCUAGUCCUCAUGGACACUGCAAACCUAGUCCUUACAUCAUCAUCUGGCCAAGCGUUGUGGGAAAGCUUUGACUACCCAACGGAUGUUGUACUUCCUGGCGCCAAAUUUGGCUGGAACAAACUCACCGGUUCGAACCGUCCAGUAAUCUCGAGAAAGAGCACCUUUGAUCCGGGCCUUGGCUCGUAUAGCAUCGAGCUAGACACCAAUGGCAAUGGGAUUGUCCUCAAGCGCCGCAAACCCUCGGUAGUGUAUCGGGCUUAUGUGCCUAAAACAUCAGCGACAUUGAAACUUUUGCCAAGAAUUCAGAAGAUGCUACAAUUGGAUCCACGGACAAAAGGCUCGAUUGCCCCAGAAUAUGUCAAUAACAGAGAAGAGGAGUACUACAUGUAUACUUCACCGGAUGAAACAUCUUGCUCAUUUCUCUCGCUAGACAUCUCUAGUCAGAUCAAGCUCAAUAUCUGGUCACAAGCCGAACAAUCUUGGCAAACCAUAUUUGCCGACCCUCUUGAUUCCUGCGCCUCGCCCGUAACGUGCGGACCUUUCACGGUGUGUGACGGCCGUGCGCAGCCGCCCUGUGACUGCAUGGAGAGCUUCUCUAAGAAGUCCCCCUGGCAUUCGGAGUUUGGUGAUCAAACACAAGGGUGCAUCAGAAAUACACCACUAAAUUGCUCCAGUGACGAGAACACGACAAGUUCAACAGACAUGUUCCACCCCAUUGCUCGGGUUACAUUGCCCUACAACUCACAAAGCGUAAACCUUGCUACCACUCAUACUAAGUGUGAGGAAGCUUGUCUCAGCUCGUGCUCCUGCACUGCUUAUUCCUAUGGCAAUAAAAAUUGCUCUGUCUGGCAUGGAAAAUUGCUUGGUGUAAAUCUCAAUGAUGGCAUUGAAAUUUAUUCUGAAGAUAUUCUUUUCCUCCGCCUUGCAGCCAAAGAUUUGCCAAGUUUGCCGAAGGACAAAAGAAAACCAAAUGUCAAAGUUGUUACUGCUGCAAGCAUUAGUUGUUUUGGGUUACUAAUGCUCAUGACGUUGCUAGUAAUUUGCAGGAAAAAACUCAGGUGGUCUAGUUCGCCAUUAUACGGCAAUUAUGCCCCUAGUGGGAUUACGGUGUUUACAUACACCGAUUUAACUCGUGCUACUAAAAAGUUCUCUGAAAAGAUAGGAACAGGUGGUUUUGGUUCUGUAUACAAGGGAAUGUUAAGUGACUCAACUACUAUAGCAGUGAAAAGGCUUGAUGGUACCCGUCAGGGAGAGAAGCAAUUCAGAGCCGAGGUGAGCUCAAUCGGACUGAUCCAACAUGUCAGCCUGGUGAAAUUGAUUGGUUUCUGCUGCCAAGGAGAUAAUAGAUUGCUUGUGUACGAACACAUGUCAAAUGGAUCACUAGAUAGUCAUCUAUUUCAGAGUGAUGCCACUGUUCUAAAUUGGAAAACGAGGUACCAGAUAGUCCUAGGAGUUGCUAGAGGCUUGUUCUACUUGCAUCAGAGUUGCCGCAAGUGCAUCAUACACUGUGAUAUUAAGCCAGAAAACAUACUUCUUGAUGCAUCAUUUUUCCCUAAAGUUGCAGAUUUCGGGAUGGCAACAUUUGUCGGAAGGAAUUUUAGCCGGGUCCUGACCACAUUCAGAGGAACAAUAGGCUAUCUUGCCCCAGAGUGGCUUAGCGGAGUUGCUAUCACACCAAAAGUUGAUGUUUACAGCUUUGGCAUGGUACUGUUCGAGAUCAUAUCAGGAAGGCGAAAUUCGCUCGGAGAAAAUAGUGGCAGCUGUGAUCUUGCUGAAUAUUUUCCUAUCCAAGUCAUGAGCAAGCUUCAUGGGGAUGACAUGCAGAGUUUGGUGGAUCCACAGCUACAAGGCAUCUUCGAUUCAGAACAAGUUGAAAGGGUAUGCAAAGUUGCAUUAUGGUGCAUCCAAGAUAACGAGUCUCACCGGCCAACAAUGAGUGAAGUGGUUCGAGUUCUUGAGGGUCUCAACGAGAUUGAUCUGCUUCCAACGCCAAGACUACUUGCAGCUAUAACUGAGCGGCCUAAUGGAACUGAAACUUCAGUGUAAUAAUCUAGAAAUAUAUUUUGUGAUCAAUGUUACUAAUCUUUAUCCCAGAAAACCUUGAGGUUGUAUUGUGUACUAGUAGAAGGAAUAAAGGAAGGCAAGCUUGCAACAGUAUCCCCUCGAUGCAACAAUUUAUUCAUGCGAUCGAUCCGAGGCUUGUGUGGCUAUAGUUGUUGGUGCAGUUGUAGUGCGUCAGCUUGUGGGCUUCACAGGACUUGGCAACACAGAACCUGACAAGUCCCAGGUUCACCACCUUGUGGUGCGCUGGGGAACCUAUCCAUGAUGUAGAGGCUGCCACUACAGGCGCUAACCGUUUGGAAUUUAUUUUUUUAAAGA